GAAGAAUUUAAUUCUGCACAAAAAAGUGUCAUGACCUUUUUCUCUGCACCCAACGGUUCAGUUAUUCAUCGACGAUAACGAAAUGGUCAUUGAUAAAACAGAUAUCUGUACCGACUCCAGUCAAUUUGAGUCCCCACCCACAAUCAGUCAUCCUGAAUCAUCCAACAAAACAAACUGUCCCCUGAACCUCUCCACGAGCAUCAAAACCAGAAUCAGUGAGAAAUGUCUAGAUUUCUCAGAAUCCUACUGCUCCUCUCAUGCUGGGCUGUUAUCGGCAACGCCCUAGAGUGCUAUAUCUGCGAUCAACAAGAGGAUAACACUGACAAAUGCCUUUCCACAAUAAAUCCUUGUGAACAUGGCGAGGACGCGUGCUUCACAGAGGUCAAAUGGGGCAGCACUCCCUACUGGUCUCCGCGGGCUCAGAAACAAUAUUACAUAUCCAAGAAGUGCAUGUCGAAAAAGGAAUGCGAGAGGAUCAGGAAGGCGAACAUGCCUGACUGCACGUAUUUGUGGUACCAGGACUGGAAGUGCUCCGAGUGCUGUCAGGGAGAUCGGUGUAACUACUACAUAUUUGUGAGAAAUAUGAUGAAAACGGUGAUAAAGACCUUCACGAGAAAAAAACUCGUCGACUGCACAGCGGAGUCUGGCCUAGUUCGGUGUUUAUCUACUUUGGACUUGACUGCCCUUGGAAUAGGCUCCACACUGGGGGUUGGGGUUUAUGUACUCGCGGGGGCGGUAGCUAGGGACGUUGCAGGACCAGCUGUCGUGAUUUCAUUUGCAAUCGCAGCAGUUGCAUCGAUGUUCGCAGGUCUUUGUUAUGCGGAAUUUGGGGCUCGAGUGCCUAAAGCCGGUUCGGCUUAUGUCUACAGUUACGUUACGAUGGGAGAGUUCAUCGCGUUCCUGAUCGGUUGGACCCUGAUCCUGGAGUACAUUAUUGGCUCGGCCAGUGUUGUCAGGGGUCUCAGCACUUACGUCGACGCACUGUUCAAUAAUUCUAUGAGAAAUGCCUUCGAACAUGCUGCACACAUCGAGGCGGAUCACUUCUCACCGUAUCCGGAUUUUUUCGCCUUCGGAAUAACAAUCGCAUUCUCACUUGCGUUGGCAUUCGGAGCUAAGGAAUCAUCCCUGGCGAAUAACAUCUUCACGUUCGUGAAUUUGGCAGUGGUUUUGUUUGUCAUUAUAGCUGGGAGCUUCAAAGCAAACGUAAAAAAUUGGAAACUCGAGACUCCCUGCACGAAAGGCCCAAAAGACGACUGCACUAAUGGAAUCGGUGGCUUCGCACCCUUCGGGAUUUCCGGUAUCCUGACGGGCGCUGCGACCUGUUUCUACGGGUUCAUAGGGUUCGACUGUGUGGCCACAGCUGGGGAGGAAGCAAAGGACCCCAAGAAGUCAAUCCCCAUCGCCAUCGUAGCGUCAUUGACAGUCGUGUUCCUGGCGUAUUUUGGAGUCUCAGCUGUUCUGACGACAGUUCUCCCUUAUUACGAGCAGAAUCCGGAUGCCCCCUUUCCUCACGUCUUCGACAGCAUCGGCUGGAGCUGGGCAAAGUGGAUAGUCUCCGUAGGAGCCAUCAGCGGACUCUGCUCAAGCCUCCUCGGUGCCAUGUUCCCGUUGCCGAGGGUCAUCUACGCUAUGGCUAAUGAUGGAUUGAUCUUCAAGUGGAUGGGGACUGUCAAUUCUAGAUUCCACACCCCGUUGAUGGGGACUCUGUCCGCUGGAUUGUUAACUGGUGUUCUUGCUGCAAUUUUUGAGCUUGGACAGCUCGUGAAUAUGAUGAGCAUUGGAACUCUUCUGGCUUAUUCGAUAGUCGCUGCUUGUGUCUUAAUUCUAAGAUAUGAGGAAAAUGAAGCUUAUGAGAAACGAGACAACAGAGAACCCAAGACGUUCAACUACGCAGCAAAACAACUCAUAAACCUGAAUAAUCUCCACAUGUCAACGAAAUUGACGAGUCAAAUCGUCAGUUGGCUCGUCUUCAUUUACGUGAUUCUGUGUUUCUGUCUGACCGGAAUAAUCCGCAAUUUCUCGGGAGAAAUAAUGAAAGGCUCGGUCUGGCCGAUAAUUCUCCUCGCAGUGACCCUCAUGUGUCUGGCGUUAACAAUAUUAUUUGUUUAUCUUCAACCGAAGUCCGACAAGAAGCUGACGUUCACAGUUCCACUGGUGCCCUUCCUCCCGGCCUUGAGCAUUCUCAUCAACAUUUACUUGAUGGUGAUGCUGGAUAUUAUGACGUGGGUACGAUUCGUCGUGUGGAUGGUCUUGGGUUUAUCAAUUUACUUCUUCUAUGGGGUAUGGCACAGCACACACAGAGAAAACCCGAAAAAUUCGGAGACAACGUAACGUAUAACGGGGCCAUAGUCUAAUAAAUAAUGAUAAGAUAUUUUACAUUGUUCGACAAUAAAUUCAAAAACUUGAAUAAAACUUUGAAACAAGCAA